UGGAUAAGAAUGCAGCCCAUUUGGUAUCGUCGCCUUCCCCAUCGUCUCCGCUAGGACUUAGCAGUGAGGAAGUCUCUUCCCCGGAUCGGACGCACUCAGGCGAGGUCGAUUGCGAGGAGGAGAGAGGGGAGAAGAGAAGAGGAGGGCGAGGAGGAGAAGAUGAGCGAAGAGAGGCCGGUGCCGCGGCGGGAGAGCCCGUGGGGUUUGCCGGAGGGCGACACGAGGCAGCCCAAGGCGCACCGCUGCAACGACCGCGCCGAGGACGUCGUGCAGGCUGUCUUUGAAGGGAAUCCAUUCAAGACAGUUCCGGGUCCAUUCAAGCUCUUCUGGCAAUGCAUGCGAUCGAAACCUGGGGAGGAACCAACCGAGCCCUAUACUUACCUGCAGCUGGAUCCUCCGAGAAGGGUGGAAGUCAAUCUGGAACAAACAGCGUCCGAAUCUUGAGCAAGCAUGCCUAGUUCAUCUCAUACAAAUAUUCCUGCACCUUUCAAGCAGCAGCUUUUUUUUCUCCUAGGGUUCAUAUCAUGUAAGCACAAAGCUGCUUAUGUUUGGAUGUUUAUAAUCUAAUAAACCCUGACCCAAAGAGCUGCCUUUCCAUGUGGCGAACUCAUCGAAAUCACUGUUUCUUAUGUAAGACCUGUGCCUUUUGGUACUGAAAUGCGACGUGCUGGUCCAGUACCUUGGUCCGU